AUGACGGGGGUGGUGGUGGUCUCCAGCGCGGGGUGCAAGGGCGGCGGCGGAGCGAAGAGGGGCGCCGCUGCCGGUACCGGCGGAGGCAGGGAGGAGGAGCGGCGGCGGCGGGCGGUGCUGGAGCUGCUGCUCGCGGCCGUGAGGCGGUCUGUGGUGGCGUGCAGGGUGGAGCGUGGGAGCGCCGGCUCCAGCGAGUGGGCGCUGGAGGAGGAGGAGGAGGCGGCGGCGGCGGCGAAGCUGGAGGAGAUGGACAUCGGGUGGCCCACGAAUGUCCGCCACGUCGCGCACGUCACCUUCGACCGCUUCCACGGCUUCCUCGGCCUCCCCGUCGAGUUCGAGGUCGAGAUGCCCUGCCGCGUCCCCAGCGCCAGUGCGAGUGUAUUUGGUGUCUCGGCUGAAUCAAUGCAGUGCACCUAUGACGGCAAGGGAAAUUCGGUCCCCACGAUAUUGCUGCUCAUGCAGGAGAGGCUGUAUGCCCAGGGAGGCCUGAAGGCCGAAGGGAUCUUUCGCAUAAAUCCAGAGAAUGACCAAGAGGAGCAUGUGAGGGACCAGCUGAACAAAGGAGUUGUUCCUGGGGACAUCGAUGUUCACUGCUUGGCCAGCCUGAUUAAGGCAUGGUUCAGGGAACUUCCGGAAGGUGUGCUUGACGGCCUCUCCCCUGAGCAAGUGCUGCAAUGCAAUUCUGAAGGGGAAUUCCUUGAGCUUGUGAUGCUGUUGCGCCCCACUCAGGCAGCACUGCUUAAUUGGGCCGUUGAGCUAAUGUCUGACGUUGUUGAAGAGGAAGAGCUAAACAAGAUGAAUGCCAGAAACAUAGCCAUGGUGUUUGCCCCCAACAUGACACAGAUGUCAGAUCCAUUGACAGCCCUGAUGCAUGCUGUCCAAGUCAUGAACUUUCUCAAGACAUUGAUACUGAGGACGCUUCGGGAGCGAGAUGAUGCAGCUAGCGGAGAGGAGUACACACCGUACUCAUCUCCAGCAUCAUCCAGCCGGCCUUACCAUGCUGAAUGCUGUGACAGCGAGCGGGACAUGGACAGAAGCUGUGAACUGAGUGACAUGCAUAGCCAAAUCAGCAGGUCUGGGGGACAGGCGGAUUAUCUUGUCCGGUACAACACCUGUUUCCACAGCGAGCAAGAAUGCGAUGAUCCUCUCAGCGAUGUCGAGGAAGGGUUCUUGUGUCGGCUGGAGGAAAGCUCAAGAAAACAGGGCGAGAUGAACUCUGAGAUGAUGGCCAUGGAGGAUGUUGAGCUGAAAGAUGAAACAAAGGCUGAGGAGAAGGGCAAACAAGAGGGCGCAGAAUCUUUGACAUGAUGAAACUUCUGUAUUUUUAGCAAGGAAAUAUUGUGGUUUGCUUGUGCUGUCAACACCUGGUUGAAUGUAUUGCUGCAGUGUAUGAUGUAAACCAGGGUGAUCCACUGAUCCUUGAAUGUGGGCAAUUCAUGUGUCCCGGGACAAUAUUUCAUGAAUAUGUCUUCAUGUGCAGGUUAAUGUU